AUGGAAAGAAGGCUUCUCAAUGCUUCUAAUGGCGGAUCUUUUCCCGAUAAGACCCCAACUGAGAUCCGAAAUCUAAUCAAGAACAUGGCUGAAGAUUCCAAACAUUCGAGCCAUGACGAAGAAUGGUAUACGGAUGCACCCCGGGGUGUAAAAGAAGUUCAAACUCCUCAGAUUGAAGCUCAAUUGUCCGAGCUCACGAAAGUAGUCAUGAUGUUGGCCAAAGACAAAGGUGUGCAGCCCACACCCCGCCCAUGCGGUAUUUGCACCCAAGUGGGGCAUCCAACCGAUAUUUGUCUACAACUUCAAGAGGAAGAUAAUGAAGAAGAGAAAGUCAUGGGAGGCUAUUCAGGGGCAAAUCAGAGAGGUUAUGAGCAACCAAGAGGUGAUCAUCGAUGGAACAAUAAUCAAGGGUGGGGAGGCAAUCAACAAGGGAAUUAUCAGCAAAAUCAAUCGCAUCAAUAUCAACUAAGACCACCAUUUCCUCAAAAUCAACAACGACCACCAUUCCAACCUCAAAAUUACCAACCAAGGCAUCCACAACAACCCCCUCCACAAGCAAGUUCUUCAAGUAUGUCCUUAGAGGACAUAGUAAAAAGCCUUGCUACAAGUACUCAAAGCUUUCAACAAGAAACCAAGGCAAGCAUAAAAAUCUUGGAGCAACAAGUAUCACAACUUGCUCAAUCCGUGAGUAAGAUGGAGUCGCAAGGCAAGCUACCCUCUCAAACGGAGAAGAACCCAAAACACAAUGCGUGUGCGAUUACACUAAGAGGUGGGAAAAGCUAUGAAAGUCCAAGGAUGUCGGAUGAAGAAGAAGAAGAGAAAGAGAUUGAGGUGGAAGAAGCUGUCAAAGAAGAGGAAAAGAAGAGUACUCCAAAGUCCAAGAAGCUAAUAGAAUCCGAAGUGAAAGUCACACCAGCUCCAUUUCCUUCAAGGCUGGUAAGCACCAAAAGAGAAAGGGAAGAUGACGAAAUCAUGGCCAUGUUUCGAAAGGUUGAAAUCAAUAUCCCUCUUUUAGAUGCCAUUACACAGAUUCCUAGAUAUGCUAUGUUCCUUAAGGAACUUUGCACAUCUAAGAAAAAGCUUAAAGGAAAUCAAACUGUGAAGGUUGGUGAAAAUAUCUCAGCCGUGUAA